UGUUGUUGGUAAGUGCGGUUAAUCUCGACAAUCGACGUGAAAGGGUAAAUAGCGAAGGCUGCAAUACCAUCGCCGGGAAAGUGAUCGGAAGGUUCGUUUCUGUCCUGCACACAAGGACGUCUGAAGUUAACUUGUUUGCUGUCUUUAAAGUCGGAGUCUUUUAGGUUACACAGCCUCUUACACUGUCUUGUUCAGCUUCUCUGCUUGAUCAGGACAACAGCUCUAAAAAACCCAGAUGAAAAAUUCCUAAACAUUCGCGUAUCGUAGAAACCCUUUUGAUUUGGAGAUUUGGUGAAUUUCUCAUUUUGUUCUAAUAUUGUAAGCUUUAGAUAGAAGCUGGGUUUUGAGUCUGUCGAUUGAGAAUAUAUCUGAAGAAUUUAUGAUCUCCGGUAACCCAUUUCAAUCAGGGAUUUAAAUUUCUUGUUUUUGUUUCAGAACUUUAGUUUUGGGUAAAGAAAAUAUGGGUGUGGGUAUCUCAUUUCUUAUAGGAUUGAAGGCUGCAGUGAUGUUACUGUUCUUUGCAUCGCUUAAAAGCUUUGGUUUCACGUUGUUAUCAAUACCUUUCUUGUAUGCCUCGUUGAUAUCCUUGUUAGUUUCUAUCGCUUCACACACAUCUAUCAAUCUUCCGAUGCUCUUGGGCAAGAACUCAGAUGGGAGCUUCCCAAUUUGGUCCAUAAUUAUGUUCAGCCCGUACUUGUACUUUGUUCGAGCUUUUUCGGCAUUGCGGAGAUUGAGAAGCGGGGAAGCUUCAUAUAGUGAAGUUUCUGAAGGUUUCUAUGUUGGCGGAUGGCCUCAUUCCCUUGAUAAAUUGCCGCCCGGUAACCCUGCUAUCAUUGAUUGUACUUGUGAAUUGCCAAGAAAACUGGAAUUCUCGGGGCAUGCAUAUUUGUGUGUCCCAACUUGGGAUACGAGGGCUCCUAAGCCGUCUGAGAUCGAAUCAGCUGUUCAGUGGGCUUGUCGAAAGAGAGCUCAGAAUAGGCCCGUGUUCAUCCACUGUGCAUAUGGUCAUGGACGAAGCGUUGCUGUCAUGUGUGCUCUAUUAGUGGCUGUAGGCGUGGUGGAAGAUUGGAAAAAUGCCGAGAGGUUAAUUCGAGAAAGACGCCCUUAUAUACGGAUGAAUGCUCUCCACCGCAAGGCACUGGAAGAAUGGUCAAAAGACCGGUUAUCUUCACCCAUGAAGAAUAGAGAAAUGGAUAUAAGUUCAGUAAUUAUGUCCGACCCUUCUGGAAGCUCACGACCAGCAAGGACUGCAAAGAAAAGUGAAUGAAAGAUAUGGCUCCGUUUGGUGCAUUACCUAUUAGUUUUAAUUCCCUCUCGUCUAUCUCAAGAAGAAGAAUUUUUUAUGUUCAGAAUGUUUAAUAUAUUAUGAGCGUCUCCAUUAACCAUCCGAGCAUGCUAAGGCAAUAAAGGUUUGUUUUUCAGUUGG